AUGGGUGCCAUUGGUGCCAUCUUGGAGCCAUUGGUGGCAUCUGAGUGUCUUGGGUGCCAUUGGUGCCAUCUUGGUGCCAUUGACGCCAUUGGUGCCACUGAUGCCAUCGAUGCCAUGGGUGCCACCUGCUGGCCCCUGUCCCCCUGGGUGCCAUCCCGGUGCCGCCGCGGCUUCGCCUGGCAGGCCGGGCUGCGGCGCGGCAGCCGCCUGCUGGAGGUGUGCAAGGUGGCGGCCGUGGCGCUGAGCCACGAGCAGAUGAUCGACCUCCUGCGCACCUCGGUCACCGUCACCGUCAGCAUCGUGCCGCCCCACGAGGAUGGCACGCCCAGGAGGUUGGUGGGGGUUGAUGUCUUGAGUGCCAUUGGUGCCAUCUUGGAGCCAUUGGUGGCAUCUGAGUGUCUUGGGUGCCAUUGGUGCCAUCUGGGUGCCAUCGAUGCCAUUGGUGCCACCUGCUGGCCCCUGUCCCCCUGGGUGCCAUCCCGGUGCCGCCGCGGCUUCGCCUGGCAGGCCGGGCUGCGGCGCGGCAGCCGCCUCCUCGAGGUGUGCAAGGUGGCGGCCGUGGCGCUGAGCCACGAGCAGAUGAUCGACCUCCUGCGCACCUCGGUCACCGUCACCGUCAGCAUCGUGCCGCCCCACGAGGAUGGCACGCCCAGGAGGGGUUGGUCGGAGUCGCUGGCACUGGAGCCCAAGGCGGAUCCGGAGCCGCUGCCGGGGCCGUUCCGGGCCGGGUUCCGCAGCGCCCCCUCCUGGCACCGUGGGGGCACCAAACGGGCACAGCCGGGGUUGGCACCGAUGGGCACCGGCCCUGCCAGGGAGACACCGACGGGGCCGGGGAAAAGGCCCCUGAGUUUCCCGGAGUCUCCCCAUUCCGGCUCCGCUUUCCGCCAACCUUCCGGAAGCUUCUCUGCCCCCGGCAGCGCCAGGUCGCAGCGGGGGGCGGAGCCACAUCCAGGAAAUUCCGGGAAUUCCGGGAAUUCUGGGAAUUUUGGCCGCUCCGAAGCCGCCGGAGGAGAGGGAGGAACCGAGAGGAGCAAAACGGAGCCCCUCUGGCACAUCCCGAUCCCGGCCCGGAUUCCCGGGAAGCGCCCGGGGGGGAAAGAAUCCCCGAAACGGCUGCCCCAGCCCUGCAGCCGCUCCCCGCUCUCCAGCUCGGCCUCCAGCGACCCCGACGAGAGCGGCGCCGACGCCCGGAGCCCCCAAAUUCCCAAAAAUCCCCAAAAUUCCCAAAAUUCCCAAAAUCCCCAAAUCCCCCCAAACCCCCCAAAUUCCCAAAAUUCCCAAAAUUCCCGGAAUUCCCAAAGGAGCCCCAAGGAAACCUCGGGGGUGGCGCCACCUGCUGGGCGGGACAGGUCCGGCCCCGCUGCUCCAAUUCCGGCCCCGAAAAUCCCCGGGAGAGGAAGAGACGGAAACGAAACCAGAAUGCAGGUGAACGUGUUCGGGCAGCCGCGGCUCCGGGCGUCCCUGCGGGAUCUUCGCUCCCCCCGGCGCCUCCCCAAAUCCUCCAUCGAGGACGACCUCAAACGCCUCAUCCUGAUGGACAAUUCCUGUCCUGAGCCCGAGCCCAGCCCGCCUCUGCACCGGACGCUGUCGGACGAGAGUCUCUGCGGGAGCCGCUCGGAAAAUUCCAGAAAUUCCGAAAAUUCCAGGAAUUCGGGAAAUUUGGGAAUUUUGGGGAAUUUCCCGGAGGCGCCGCCCAGCAGGAACACCCUGCCCAACAGGAAAGGUGCCGUGGCCAGGCUGGAGCCGGGGCUGAUGCCGCUGCCGGACACGGCCGGGCUGGAGUGGGCGACGCUGGUGAGCGCGGCCAAGGCCUACGAAG